AUGGGUCAACUCAUCAAACGUCUCGGCAGCGGUAUCGGCUUCGUCUCUGAAGCUAUUCACGAUAGCCGUUCACGCUCAUCCAACAAAUCCUCCAACACAAAUCUCACUCCUUCUUCUACUCGCGAGCUCUCGACGCAAGAGAGCGGCGACAACACGGCCGCUCCUCACUAUGGCCAAGAAGCACCCGACACACUUUCCGCAGAGCUCGACACCGGCCUAAGCAAAUCCAUCGACCGAAAACUCACCUUAAACGAAGAUACCGAAGAAGAGGACAGAUACCUCGAGCGAGAUCAAGACGAAGCAAUCUGGCAACUCGACGAAACCGCCCAAGAAGUCGCACCACCCACAUACUCGGAAGUCGAAUCGACCCCUGUCGCAGACGAAUCGGAAGAAACUAAAGAGAAAAAAGAAGAAGCCAUGGUGCGCGCUAUACUGCAACUCGCGGAUCCAAUCAACCCUUCAGCUAGAAUUCCAUACCCUGUAAUCAUCCCCCAACGACGACCGGGAAACAAAGAUCGCGGUUUUGUGCACGCCUACGCCCCCGUGCUAGCAGAAUGUGGAAUCGGUACUGACGAGAGACAGGCUUCACCGUGGAUAGAAGUAGUCUACUUCGCCGCCAGCAUAACCGGCUGGGUCCCCGAAUUGACAGUAUCACUUACCAGUCUCGCCGUGCAAAUCGCCGUCGGCACAGCACGCGAAAUCCAAACCCGACACCGUCGCAACAAUUUCCUCGAUCGGGUGAAUCAAGACCUUUUCAUGCCUCGCGGCCUCUUUGCAAUGAUCAUGGCAUUCAAAGACAAAGUCCCCGGCGAACAGACAGGACCCUUCAGCAAACUCUCCAAAGCCAUGGGCGGCCAAACCGUGGUCUCAAAGCAGAGAUUAGAUCUCAAUCAAGCGGCCGCAAAAUGGAGUAAUGCAGACCCUGCAGAGACCAGGACGACGAGACUGAGAAGGAAUCUGAGGUUGACUAGUGGUGCUACUCAUGGAGAGAUUGAGUUACCCGAAGCUGCGCCUUUGGUGUAUCCGGACCUCGACAGGGCUGCCUUGCGAGCCAUUGAGGGGAAGGACCCUGAAUCAGAGGGGACGCGGACUAAACUGAAAAGUGCGGGUAGUUGGGUUGCGGAUUAUAUUGAUCGAAAGGCGCAGGCGGAAUAUGAAGCAGAUCACCCUGGCUCAGCACUAGCAGUCCCCGCUUCCCAACGCAAACAGUUCAAUUCACGAUACAACGACCCCAAUCAUCCCGCUAUGAACGGCUCCCUCAUCUCACUCGUUACAGGCGGUAAAGUCGGCGGGCAACCCAAGAAGUCGCUUUUCGAAAAAGUGGGCGAUGGAUGGAACGCAAUGCGUGAGUCUUCUAACAAAGAUGCCACUGCUGGAACCACAGACCAAAAGGAAGGAGGCAAGCCAGCUCCGCCACGAAGAAGAAAAAGUGGUUUGCUGGGGAAGAAGUUGCAGCCGGAUGUUCUGUAUUUAAUUAUUGUGAAUUUGCCGACGGAAGAAGAGAUGAAGGAGUCGCUGGAGGGGUUGGAUAGGGCUGUUGAGCAGGUGGAGCAGGCUCAUGCUUGA